AUGGAGGAAACUGAGGACAGAGGCAGAAUGACCAGCCAGCAGGCCCUCUGUGCCCCCCCAGGGACCCCCAAAAAAACCUGCCUCUCCACGCUCAAAUUGUUCCUUAUGGCGCUGUCAUUUUCAUUCUUCUCCAAAGCGAUGACUGGCUCGUACAUGAAGAGCUCCAUCACUCAGAUCGAGCGACGCUUUGACCUCUCCACCUCCCACGUCGGACUCAUUGACGGCAGCUUUGAAAUGGGUAACCUGUUAUUGUUAGCUGUGGUCAGCCAUUUUGGGGCCAAACUGCACCGGCCCAGGCUGAUAGCUGCUGGCUGCACUCUGAUGGCCAUAGGGUCCCUGCUCACUGGACUGACCCACUUCUUCAUGGGACGAUACGAGUACAGCUCAGUGGUUCAGAAUUUUCAGAACCACAGUGUGAGUGUGGCUGCCUGUGUGGACCCUCUGAUGGAGCCGGAGCUUCAGACCCAGACUCCAGGGGAAGAGGACAAAGAGGCCUGUGUGAGAGACUCCAGCUCCUCCAUGUGGGUGUACAUGUUCCUGGGAAAUGCCUUGCGUGGGAUCGGAGAGUCCCCUGUCAUGCCUCUGGGAAUCUCCUACAUCGACGACUUCGCUGAAGCUGAGAACUCGCCAUUCUAUAUCGCUUGUCUCCAGACCAUUACGAUCCUUGGACCCAUGUUUGGUUUCCUGUUGGGCUCGCUUUGUGCCAAACUCUAUGUGGACAUUGGAUUUGUGGAUAUGGACAGCGUGUUGAUCACCCCCAAAGACUCGCGGUGGGUGGGGGCGUGGUGGCUGGGAUUCCUGGUUUGCUCUGGACUUCUCCUCAUCUCCAGUAUCCCGUUCUGGUUCCUGCCGCGCUCUCUGUCCAAACAAGAGGACAAAACAACACCCACCUCUGUGUCUGAGUGCGGGGCUGAAGCUGUCCUGGACCAGAAGCAAGAUUUAAAACUCAAAGACAUAGCUAAAGCCUUCUUACCAUCUCUGAAGCGUCUGUUGGGGACUCCCACCUACUUCCUGCUGAUUUGUGGCAGUGUCCUGAGGUUCAACUCUCUAAUCGGAUUCAUCACUUUCACAGCCAAAUACAUCGAGCAGCAGUUUGGACAGUCUGCAUCUAGAGCCAACUUUCUCAUUGGAGUGCUGAAUCUACCCGCUGUGGCUCUGGGGAUCUUCUUAGGAGGUCUCCUGAUGAAGAGGUACAAGCUGAGUAUCGUCUCGGGGGCACAGCUUUCCUUCGCCUCCUCCUUCAUGGCCUAUCUACUGAUCCUGCUGCAGUUUGGGACCAAGUGUGACAAUAUCCCUGUGGCCGGACUCACUGUGUCCUACAACGGUACCCAUGGCAUCCAGCAGGGCGGCUCUCUCCUGUCGGACUGUAACAGUGACUGCAUGUGCUCGACUGAAGAGUGGGACCCCGUGUGUUCAGACAAUGGCAUUACAUAUGUCUCCCCCUGUUUGGCCGGCUGCAUCAGCUCCUCUGGAUACGGCAAGAACACUGUGUUUAAUAACUGCAGCUGUGUGGACAUGUCGUACCCGGCGGGCAGCAGCAGCUCGGUAAAGCUGGGCCAGUGUCCUCACGCCAAAGACUGCACCCGGAGCUUUAAGUCGUACAUGGCUGUGUCCGUGCUCAGCUCCUUCAUCAUGUCUCUGGGGUUCACUCCUGGAUACAUGGUCAUUAUCAGAUGCAUUGUUCCUGAGCUCAAAUCUCUGGCUCUCGGGGUAGAAAUACUGGUCUCAAGGACUCUUGGUGGGAUUCCUGCCCCUGUGUAUUUUGGAGCUUUGAUUGACUCGACUUGUUUAAAAUGGGCUGUUAAAAAGUGUGGAGGAAGAGGAGCCUGUCGCAUCUAUGACUCUGAUAUGUACAGGAUCAUCUUUCUGGGUCUCAUCACAGUACUAAGUGGAUCUUCUUACAUCUUCAUCAUUGCUGUGAUCGUCCUCCUCAGAAGACAGUACAAAAAACCAACAGCCGAAGGAGUCGAAGUCAAAGGAGUCGAGCUUCGGAAACCAAGCUCUGCUCAAGCCUGCAUAAUUUUAUCUAAAACUGCAAAAUUACAACAAGAACGAGCAUCAAAACCCACAACUGAAGUCUCAAAAGAAGUGCAAGUCCAGUGUCCACCAGGGGGCAGUAGUCCUGUAACAGAAGAUAGUGGGUCAAGUACGAAUAACAAGACUGAGUUAGAAGCAACCAUAUCGCCAAAUCAAGAAACUGGUGUCAGUGAGAAAUGAACUCUUAAAUUAUGUACAGUU